AACAAAAACAGAAACAAAACAAAACAAAACAAAACAAAAAACACACUCUCUCUUUCUGUCUAUGACUCUCUAUCUCUAUCUCUCUCUGUGCCUUUUCAGCUUCUGUGCUUGCUUCUUCUUUCUUCUUAGGCUUCUGUGACACUCUGAACUGGUGGUUGUUCAAGAGGGUCAUUGUUUUUUGAGGAAUAUGCAAACACUGUAGUGUGACUGUCCUUAUAGAGUACAAUGCCUCUUGAACCACUCUACUCUGGUUGACACUCCAGAAAAGACCUGGCCAGUUGUUUUUUCUCUGUUUUUGAAGAGAUUUUGUGGGUAAGGCCAUUGAGUUAGAUCUUGUAAUUACUGACAUAUUAGGUCCAAAUCUGGUUAACUUGGUUUACAUGUGAUACCUUAUAUAUAACCAAAGAGAGGAUUUUAGCUCCGAGAGCUUAAGUUUUCUUUUUCCUGGGCAUUUCUGUAAGUUUGUUGCAUAAGCAUGCCUACGUGGUGGGGAAAGUCUUCAUCCAAAGAAGUAAAGAAGAAAGCAAACAGGGAAAGUUUCAUUGAUUCAAUACACCGAAAGUUUAAGAGUGCAUCUGAAGAAAAGUGCAACAGUAGAUCAGGAGGGUCUCGCAGACGUUGUAUUGACACUGUUUCGGAAAGGGGGACUCGAUCCAGGGUGCCUUCAAGAUCACCAUCACCCUCCACACAAGUGUCACGCUGUCAAAGUUUUGCAGAAAGGCCUCAUGCCCAGCCGCUCCCGCUUCCUGGGGUACACCUUCCUAGAAUUGGGCGUACUAACUCAGGAAUCAGUGCAUCAGCAAAACCAGGAUUUGACAGAGGCUCUAAGUCGCAUUUUUUCCCCCUUCCAAGACCUGGAUGUGUCCUGAACAGGGCAGAUCCUGCGGAUGCUGAAGCUGAUAUAGCUACUGCUUCAUUUUCUAGUGAUAGCUCCAUUGAUAGUGAUGAUCCAUCUGACUCACGUUUCCUUAGCCCUCUAGCUUCUGACUAUGAAAAUGGUAACAGAACCACUAUGAACAGUCCUUCCAGUGGAAUGCACAAGGAUCAAUCCCCUGUUGUCAAUCUAAAGAACUCAAAGGAGAUAUUGAAACCAGUUAAUCCUUUCAAUAAUCCGCUUCUCUCUUCAUCACCUAAACGGAGACCUUUGCAUAUGCAAAAUAUACAGAUCCCUCCCCAUGGUGCUUUCUGUAGUGCUCCAGACAGUUCAAUGUCAAGUCCUUCUAGAAGUCCGAUGAGAGUGUUUAUGCCUGAGCAAGUUAUUAAUUCUAGCUUCUGGGCGGGAAAAUCUUAUCCAGAUGUAGCUUCUGGGCACUGCUCUAGUCCAGGUUCAGGUCAUAAUUCUGGGCAUAAUUCAGUAGGGGGGGAUAUGUCAGGACAGCUGCUUUGGCCACACAGCAGGUGUAGUCCUGAGUGUUCCCCAAUUCCUAGUCCCAGAAUGACAAGCCCUGGUCCUGGCUCCAGAAUACACAGUGGUGCUGUCACCCCUUUGCAUCCACGAGCUGGAGGAGCUGUCAUAGAUUCGCCUGCAACCCGGCCUGAUGAUGGCAAACAACAAAGCCACCGGUUGCCCCUUCCUCCGUUAACAAUUUCAAAACCUUGUACUUUUUCUCCCACGUAUUCAGCAGCUACAACUCCCUCAGUUCCACGGAGUCCUGGUAGGGCAGAAAAUCCAACAAGCCCUGGUUCACGAUGGAAGAAGGGACGUCUGCUAGGGAGGGGUACAUUUGGACAUGUAUAUCUCGGUUUUAACAGUGAAAGUGGCGAGAUGUGUGCAAUGAAAGAGGUUACUCUGUUUUCAGAUGAUGCAAAAUCAAAAGAAAGUGCACAGCAACUUGGCCAAGAAAUUGCACUGCUAAGCCGCUUACAGCAUCCAAAUAUAGUACAGUAUUAUGGAUCUCAGUCGGUAGAUGACAAAUUAUAUAUAUAUCUAGAGUAUGUAUCUGGCGGUUCCAUCUAUAAACUGCUUCAAGACUAUGGUCAACUUGGUGAAAUUGCCAUUCGCAGUUAUACUCAUCAAAUUUUGCAAGGCCUUGCAUAUCUUCAUAAUAAAAACACUGUCCAUAGGGAUGUCAAAGGAGCAAAUAUUCUGGUAGACCCCAAUGGCCGGGUGAAACUAGCAGAUUUUGGAAUGGCAAAGCAUAUCUCUGGUCAGUCUUGUCCAUUAUCAUUCAAGGGAAGCCCUUACUGGAUGGCACCUGAGGUUAUCAAGAAUACAAUUAAAAAUGGUUGUAAUCUUGCUGUUGAUAUAUGGAGCCUUGGAUGCACUGUUUUAGAGAUGGCUACAGCAAAACCACCUUGGAGCCAGUAUGAAGGGGUUGCUGCCAUGUUUAAGAUUGGAAAUAGCAAGGAACUUCCUGAAAUUCCUGAUCAUCUGUCAGAGGAUGGAAAGGCUUUUGUGAAGCUAUGCUUGCAGCGUAAUCCAUCAUAUCGUCCUACAGCUGCUCAGCUUUUGGAGCACCCUUUCGUUAAGAACGCUGCACCACUGGAUAGAUCCAUUUUGAGUGCAGAUCCUUCAGAUGCACCACCGGUCAAUUCAAAUGCAGUGAGAUCUCUGGGCAUUGGAAAUGCACGAAAUCCUUCAUGCUUAGACUCAGAAGGAGUGGGAAUCCAUCAGUCUAGAGGGUCAAAAACUGCUUCAGUAUCCAGCGAUGCUCAUACGCCAAGAAAUAUAUCAUGCCCGGUUUCUCCCAUUGGGAGCCCUCUUCUACGUUCAAGGUCACCACAACAUCUGAGCGGAAGGAUGUCUCCCUCUCCCAUAUCUAGCCCUCGUACCACAUCUGGUUCAUCCACACCCCUUGCUGGUGGUAGUGGUGCCAUCCCAUUUAAUCACCUGAAGCAGCCAACCACCUACCUACAUGAAGGUGUAGGAAUGAUCCAAAGGGGUCAAAGUAGUUUCUAUGCUAAUGGCUGCACUCUCUAUCAUGAGCCAAAGCCUGAGUUAUUUCAAGGGAUGCCACAAGCUUCUCAUGCCUUCCAUGAUAUGAUUUCAUCUGAUAAUGGUGCUCCUGGAAACCAGAUGGGAUGGCCUCUCCAUGCUGACACCAGGGAAAUGCAUGCUAGACAGCUGGCUUUGGCUGAUCAUGUAUCUGAGCAACUCUUGAGGGAUCACAUAAAGAAAAAUUUAUCCAUGGAGCAUAAACACAGCUCACUGGUGCUUGGUCGCAGCAAUCGAAUCUGAUUUACAUGUGAAUCCCUGACAAGAGCAGGAUUUUCAGGCAUGCUAGAUUGCUUUCUGAUGCUUCAAGGGCAUCAUAUUCAUGGCCAAUAUCAAUUUAUACUUAGGAAUUGAACUUGGGGAAGCAAUUGAAUAACUGUGGAUCUUAGAAGCCUAGAUGACAGCAGAGAUACAUGCUUUUGAAAUGACAUCACAAUUCAGUUGAUCAGUUCACAUGAAGAUGGCCUAAGAAGAUCCAGCAGUAAGGCAGCUCCUACAAUGAAGAACAUUUCUGCUUGUGUAAAGAAUGUACAUUUUUACCACACCCAGAAAACAGAAAAGGUAUAAAAGCUGUUACCAUAUGGACUGUCAAAUCUUUUUUCAUUUUUUUAUUCAUUUUGGAAGGGGGGGAAUGAUGGCAACAGGGCAGGAUCUUUUGUACAGAAUGAUGGGAUUGAUUAGUCAAGAUGGCAGUUUAGAAUUUGCUAGGCUUGGUCUGUUACUUUGUAUCUACAUUAUACCUCCAUCAAAUUGAAGAAAUCUGAUUCAUCUUGUAUGUCCUGCUUCCAUGUGAGAUCUUCUAGAUGGUGAUAUAAGUUGUACACCAAUGAUGAUUGAUAAUUUGAUCAA